AUGGCCAAAGAAGCAACCAACACCGCAGUCCCCAAUCCCUCGAACCCAUCUGCCCUCAAGCCGCGUUAUGAAAUUCGCAAACUGGAACCAAAACACGCUCCCUGGGCCAUGGCCAUUGUCCUUCACAGCCAUGCCUUCCGCAACCCUGUCUGGGGUGCCAACUGGCCGGACCGGGUAAUGGCAAAGUGGGCAAAAGAGAUGUGUACCCCAUGCGCCUAUCUAGUAGAGUAUCAAAUCGACUCUGGCCUCUCCUACGGUGUAUUCGACACGGAAUACAAGUACAAAACCGCAGAAGCGCAAAAACUUGGCGGAAAGCUCUACUGGGACGUCGACGAAGACCCAUCAGCCAGCGUGGAAAAGACACAAGGCCGGGAAGCCGAAGGCAACAGAUUGCUCGAACAAAUGGAUUUUCCUUUGGUCUCCAUCGUCUUAUCCUACGACGGCUUCUACCCGCUCGACCACCACAAAAUGGAGCCUAUCGUACGUGCGUGGCCCGAAUUCGAAGUCUUAUACGGCACCCUCGCAGAGCGCGACCCUCGCGCCCCAGAAGACUGGCAACCCACGGCUCCGGGACAGGUUCUUAUGCGCAAUGCGACGUCUACGCGGCAGGACUACGAGGGCGAGGGUAUCAUGGCUGCGACAGCGAGGUGGCUGCAGCGUGAGGCGGCGGCCAUGGGGUACAGAGGGGUUCAGAUUGAGUGUCUUGCCGAUGCUGUGACGCAUGUUUGGAGUAAAGGUGCGCAGGCGCCGUUCAAGGGGACGGUGGUGAGUGAGUUUGAUACUGAGACGUUGGAGACUAAGGAGGGGAAGAAGCCGUUUGCCAAGGCAAAACAGAGGGUUGCUAAGUGUUGGGUUGAUUUGGAGGCGGCUGUAUAG